CGUUUUUUAGGACACGCCGAGGAAGCCUGAGGACCGAGGCGAGGACCAUCCAUGCCUGAUAAGGCGACAAAUUGGGGGAGUGGUCACAAGUGUGGGAGGAUGACAUGACUGUUAAGUUGCUUGGGGGUUCGUAUCGAGAAUGGAAUGCUGGGUGAGUGAGUAAUAAAAGAGUUGUCGGAGCCUUGCCUGGAAGGACUUUUGUUCUACUUUCCUCAAGUGGUUUUUCGUUUUCCCUUCCUUCUUCCUCAGGUCCUACAUCAGGCUUACACAUACACACCAUCUGGGGGAAAGUGCUUAUAUAUUCCCGUUACCCUACCUACCCGACACACUGGAACUAGGCGGUGGCAGUGCAAACUGUAACCACCGAUCAGAUAAUCUUUUGUCCAAUUGUUUGCGACAUGACGUCUUCGUCUUCUCCUUCGGGACAAGGCUCCCGCCCGGGUCCGCUUGAUAUUGGGGGUUCUUCAUCGUCCAGAUCAACGGACUAUUUUAACUGCAAUGGUGAAGCGACAUCGCCUACGUCUCCUGCGUCGGCUACUGCCCCGCUGUUUCCACGGAGUAGGACGGCGUAUGGGAGCUCGCCGCCUGAUUCGGUCAAGAGUGUCAAGAGCCCGAGGAAGGUGAAUGCGAAUAGUUAUUGUGGGAGGCACUCGGAUGAGUUUCUGUUUGGGGGACGGUCGUUGGGGGAUUUGUGGAGGGCUGUGAAGAAGUGA